AUGUUGUGGAUGCGAUUCGAAGAGAAAAGUGUUUUAGGAAAUCAUCAAAAAUUAAAUGUACUGACUGCACAACUUAUAAAUGAAAACAAAAUUGACGUACUUAAUAAAGGACUUGGAACUAUGGACAAGCUAAUAGAAGUCCGUCGAUAUUUCUUGAUUAAAUUAGAAUUUUCUUUAUGA